AAAGAAGAGAAAAUCUUUCGCUAGCUGGAGCCUGGAGGCAUGAAGAAAUGGAUAACAAUUUUGUCUACGCUCUUGGUCACUCCUUUACUGUUGUUAUCGUCGUUAGAUUGCACUGAGGGAAGAGAUGAAGAUGUCUUUGGGUCUGUAGGUUUCAGGGCUCAAUCCAACAGAGAAAAGAAAGCUUCCGUGAAGAUGGGCAGGGCUGAACAGGUAGUUUGCAGCAUAAGUACCAGGCCAGGUCAGAUGGUUUUAAUGUUCAAACUUUUGCACGGGAAUUCUACUCUGGUGGAACUGGCAGAUUGCAGUGAGGUUAGAACUGAAGACCAUGGGGAUGAGAAAGGCAUUGAGAAGAUACAGAUACUGGGUUCUGUACCCUUAAUUCCAGAUAGACCUCAAAUCCAAUUAUCCUUCUUCGACUGGCAUGGGAAUAUUACUCCCACAAAACUGAAUGACUAUUAUUUGACUACCAUCAACGGUUUAAAUCACGAUGCCUUGGUCAGUUUUUGCACAUUAACAAGUUAUGAAGCUAAACUGAAAUGGGGUCAGUUUACCAGGAAAACAAGAGCAACAAUAUUUUGUGGUCUACGUGAAAUAUCUCGGGUAAUACCGGAAAGAGUUCCUCAAUCGACUUACAUGACCCAUUGCAUAUAUAAAACUAUUCAGGAAAUCGUGAAACUCAUCAGCUUCUACCAGUGGGGAAAAUCUUCCUCCACCUACGUAAUUAGUGGUUUAGACAUCGCUACCCUCGAAUUAACAAGUCACCCAAGGAAGACAAUUAGUAGGCAAUUUCAAAUGACUGCCACUAUAUCAUUUUCAACGUCUCUACAGCAUACAAGAGUUUUAACUGUUGCGGUAUUAGUAGGAUCAACUUUCAAGCAGUUUGCAAACGUAAGUCAAGACGACGACAACAAGGAACCACAGCUGAAAGGAUUGUCCAUCGAUGUUUUUAAAGCAACCGUUGCGGUUCUGCCCAACCGUUUCACUUACAAACUGGUUCCAUUUUAUCGCUCUUGUGAUCAAUUGUUAAAGGAAGUUGCUCGCAAGGCUUUUCAUGCAGCUCUUGGCGGUAUAGUAAUUACAGCAGAAAGGUCCCAUCUUGUAGAAUUCUCACAGCCUUAUGCCAAACUAGGAUUGGUGAUGGUGGUCAAGAAAAAAAACAAUGAAUUGAAGGAUAUGUUCUGGUUCAUGAGCCCCUUAACUCGAGAGAUGUGGCUUAUAAUGGCAGCUAUGACUGUCCUCACUGGUUUUGUUAUCCGAGUAAUUGAACAUAGAACCUGCAACGAAAUGCCUUCUAGACAUGUUGAAGCUGUCGUCUGCUUCCCUUUUGCUUUCCUCCUCAAUGAAUAUAGACCCAGGAACAAAUUGUCUUUUUAUGUGCUGGUUCCAUGGCUAAUUCUUAUCCUGAUUGUCACGACGACCUUUACCGCAAGCCUUAGUUCUAUGGUAGCAAGUUCACAAGCUGACGAGCCAUCUCACUUGAAUGCUGAUUCACUCAGAAAGACAAAUGCAGCUAUUGCUACUGAUGGAAAUUCUUUUACCGUCACAUAUUUAGUGAAAAGUUUGGGAUUCAAGCGAAAGAAUAUAAGAAAGAUGGCUUCAGUUGAUGACUGUGCCAACGCUUUAUCAAGUGGAAAUGUAAAGGCUGCAUUCUUAUUAAUGCCUGACGCCAAUGUUUUCCUUGCAAGAUACUGCUGCGCCUUUGCAAAGUCGGGACCUGCCUACAAUCUAGGCAGUUUUGGAUUUGUGUUCCCAAGGGGUUCUCCAUUGGCUGCAGAUAUGUCAGAGGCGAUUCUUAAUCUGAAGGAGGCAGGGGAAUUGCAGCAAAUGGAGGAAGAUACGCUAUCCAUUUCAAAUUGUUCAAGUUCAACAUCUGAUGAAACUUUUCCCCAAGGAAUUGGGCCUGGGGUCUUUUCAGGUUUGUUCAUUCUAUCAGGAGGUGCUUCAGCAACUGCAUUGGCAAUUACAGUCAUUCGUUUAUUGAAAAGACGUUGGGAGAGCUGCAUUCAGAGAAUGUUGAUGGGUAGGGGGCUUUUGGUGUGGUUGACAAUUCUCUUCUCUCCUAAUAAUCAGACAACAAAUGAGCUCCGACUUGCAAGAAUAAGUUCCAAUCAGUAAAUAUAUAUAUAUAUAUACAACUCCUGGUACAUUAUCAUGUGGGUUAAGUCAUCAAAUUAGCAGGCAAAAAAAUGUCAGGGAAUUUCCAGCAUCUGUAAUCUGAUAAUUAUUAGCAUGAAUCUUACUGCCAUAUGCUA